AUGGCUGAAGGGUUCAUGACCACGUCUCAGCCAAAAUGCGUGGCUACUUCCUUGAAUCCAGCCGAAUCUCCCACCCAAGCCCCUUCCAGUGAGAGAGCGUUCUUCAGAAAUGUGCAAUGGAGCGCAGAUGGAACAUCCCUUAUCGCCAGUCUUUCCGAUAAUUCGAUCCAGACAUACAUCGUGCCACCCGAUCUCCUCGAAGAAACACCCAAGUUACGUCUUCUCUCGCCCUACUGUACCAUUCAAUCAAGCGAGUCAGUCAACGCUGUGGUGGGAUAUCCGCUCUUCAGCCUGCAAGACACACCUACCGCCUUGGUUCUAUCGUCAACAAGAGACCACCCAGUCCGAUUGACGUCGGCACUGACUGGCCAUCUUGUCGCCUCCUAUCCCGUGGUCAAUCCCAUGACCGAGGAAUUUAUCAGUCCGCAUUCGCUUCUCUUUAGCAGGUCAGGCGACCGCUUCGCUGCCGGCUCAGAAUCUUUGAUCUCCAUUUUCGACUCGUCUCGCCCAGGGGAGGGGCCCAUGUCCUCGAUGCCCACCGGCCCAAAGAGGAAGGGGACUAACUACAGUGAUGCCACGACAAUGAGAGGAAUUGUAUCUGCCUUGUCUGUGGAUGCGUCCAGCGAUCUCUUAGCCGCGGGAACGUACAGCCGUUACGUCGCUCUCUACGACGCUUUGGGACAAGGCAGUUGCAUUGGUGCAUUCUCAGUCAAGGGAACAUCUGCCGACGAGCAGAUUGGUGGGAGUGGAGUAACGCAGGUUUCAUGGAGCCCAUGCGGAAGGUACUUGUACAUCGCAGAGAGAAAAAACGACGGGGUCAUGCUCUAUGAUAUCCGCAAAACAGGACAGCUUCUGUCAUGGCUUCGAGGUCGGAAUGCGCAAACAAAUCAAAGGGUGGGUUUUGAUGCUGUGGCCACGGAUGAUCAAGGAGGCCAUGAGAUUUGGGCUGGUGGGCUUGACGGCCUCUUUAGGAUGUGGAAGGAUCCUCACCAACACGAGGGCGCCGUUGCCCCCACGCUCGAGUUCAAGGGUCACGAUGAUGCGAUCUCGAGUGUGGUUGUGCAUCCCUGUGGGGGCGUGGUUGCCACCUCAUCUGGUCAACGCCAUCUGAUUGCGCCGGAUGAUGAAGAGAGCUUUCAGCAGCUAAUACCUGAUUAUAGUCUGAAAAUAUGGACGUUAUGA